UUUUUUUUUCUCUAACAAAACCUUCAACUCAAAUUGUCCACUCUCAAGUCAAAGCCCAAUUUAGCGAGGUUGUGAAGAGAUUGGUUUAGUCCAGUUACAAAGAGAUUGGAAGAAAUUUUAUAUUAUUGAUGAGAUGCUGAUCGUUACGAGCUUCGAUCCUAUUUAACAGGUUAUGUGAGAGGUGAUUGUGAUAAUGUCAAGACCAAUGGUACUUGUUUUUCUGCUCCUGAUGCUCGUAGUUACAUCACAGUUUGAGUGGAAGCAGCAAAUAGUCGAUGAACUCGACACAAGUCCAAGCAUUUCUCAGAAUCAGCAGCAGACUUCCAAGAGGAAGGAAAUUGUAAAGGAAAAAAUCAUCUUAUCACAAGAAAAGAAUAUUCAGAAACUCAAUGAACUUGUUCGGACCCUUCGGGAGCAGUUGCAACAAUGCCUUGGCAAUAAUGAUACCAUAAACGGCUUUGUAACAGUCACUUAAAAUGUAAAUGAGCUAGAGCGGCAACAUAUUUUGGAGGAUUGAUCAAUAGUUCUUGCGGUUCUAUCAAUUAUUUGGUCUUCUGGAACAGUUGUUUUUCUGUCCAAGCAAUUUGUUUCACUCAGAGUUUUCUUCCAUGUAAAAUUUCUACUUGUUCGGCUGACCUAAAUAUCACACAUUAUCAAACUCCUCAAUCUUGUAUGAUAGGUAAUUCUUCAAUGUAGAUAAUCAUAUACAGCUCAAAUUAA